AUGUCGACUACCGCCGACGCGGCCGAGAUCAAGUUUGGGCCAUUCCCAGUCACCAAGCAGGUGUUUUUGAAAACGCAGCACAGCUUUGGCGUCGUGAACCUCAAGCCUAUCCUCCCCGGGCACGUCCUCGUCUGCCCGCUGCAGCCGCACCGGCGCCUCACCGACCUCUCCGCGGCGGAGACGACGGACUUGUUCACGACGGUGCAGCGCGUGCAGCGCAUGCUGAGCCGCGUCUACUUCCAGACGGACCGCCCCGAGUCCGGCGGCAGCUUCACAGUCGCCGUGCAGGACGGGCCCGAGUCCGGCCAGACGGUGCCGCACGUCCACGUCCACGUCAUCCCGCGCGUCGCGGACGACAUGGGCGAGGGCGAGGCCGUGGAUGAAAUAUACGUCAAGAUGGCGUCGGAAGAGGCCAACGUCGGUGGCGCGCUGUGGGACGUCGUGAGCCGCCCGAAGCCGGGGGGAGGCAUGCCGCGCGUGGAGGACGCGUGCCGCGAUGCUCGCGAGCCAGAGGACAUGCAUGCCGAGGCAGACAGGUACAGGGAAGUCUUGGAGCGCAUGUAG